AUGCUCUUGCGCAGCCUUCCGCUUUACGCGGUGAGGGUCGUUUCGGCCUCGCUCAUCGAGUCGAUGCCAUCUCGUGGAACGGGCAGGCCCACCACGGGCAGUCAUGCGACUCUCACCUUUCACCUCCACCGCCUCCACAACAGCGAGAGUUUCGGCGUGGACUGCAACUUCCAGUCGUUUGAUGGCUGUAAUGAGGAGUGCUUUGUACGCAGCAUGAGCGCCGAUCUCGUGGCGUCGUCGGCGGCUCUAAAGAGUGUGCUUGGCGACGGGAAGGCUGCACGCACGAGCUCUGUUCGGGUGACGAGCAUCAACGGCAUCCCUAGGUUGACGAAGGCUACAGUGCGGGAGCUGUUCGACAGCGGCUGUGACGUGGUCGUGCAGUGCGCCGUGUCUGCCGUUGCCGACAGCCCAUCUGAUCCUAAGCAGAUGGACACUGGUUUAGAAAGAGAAGAGGACGAAGCCGAGGCAAUGCGUGCUCCCAAGAAACGUGGGCGAAAGCCAAAGGUGCCAGUGGCGGGUGCUCUCGGUGCUGACGUCACCGAGGUAGUCGGCACGUCAUCCAAGAAUGCCGUGAAGAGGCGAGGGCGGCGCGCCCGUGGUCUAUCGCUGCAGAAACCCAAAGUGAGCAAAAAGCGGCUACGGUACUCCGGCGCUCGCUCGGCAGUGAAGCAGAUGACCAGCAAAGACACGGACUUGUCUGUCGACGAUAGCGCGGCGGACGAUAUCAACGCAGCCGCACUGGAGACGCUGCAAAAGCUUGCGCCGGUAACGCCUGUGCGGACACGCGGUCGGCGAUCAACGAAACGCGAAGCACUGCUUGAUGCGAAAUGGCGGAGCACGGCAACCGGGGAAACCUCAGACGACGUUUGGUUUACGCAUGCGGAGGCAACGCCAGCGGUGGGCGGAGGGACUGACGAGGCUCGCCCCGAGGAUGCUGCAGUGCCGACUCGGAGGCGGCGAGGGCGUCCAGCCAAAGUGGCCGUCGUCGACGCUCCCACGGAAGUUGAGACAGAGGGGGCAGCGAAGCGUGGGCGGCGUCGGUCGGCUAGCCGCACCUUUGAACCAGAGAAGGCGAAGAAAACCUCCGGGCGGCGUGGGCGACCCCGCAAGAUGGACAAGGCUGUAGAAGUGCUGGACACAACGCAGGCGGCAGAGGCCAGCUCAAAGGAGAAACCCGCAGAGCAAUCCGAGGCUGCAGAUGCUGAGCUGGAGUUUUGA